CCCGGCUCGGGCCGCCUGGCAGUGGCGCACGACGGCGAGAAAAGGAUCCACGUCUUCGGGCCCAGCGGGCUCUGCCUGGGGCGGUUCGGGGAGCGGGGGCCCGCGAGCAACGACAUCAAGUAUCCGCUGGAUGUGGCGGUGACGCCGGACGGGCACGUGGUGGUCACCGACGGCGGGGACUGCUCCGUGAAGGCCUUCGAUUUUGAUGGAAGGGGGGUGCUGGCUGUCCGGGAGGGCUUCUGCUUGCCCUGGGGCCUGGAUGCCACCCCCGAGAGCGAAGUGAUCGUGACGGACUCGGAGGCGGGCGCGCUGUACCGCUUGGCGGCCGAUUUCCCGAGGGGGGAAUUGAAGAAGUGCCAGAUGAUCCGGUCCCGGCUGGUCAGCCCCAGAGGCGUCGCGGUCUGCCGGACCUCGGGUGCUGUCGUGGUGAUAGAGCACCUGAAAGCCCUAGGAGCGAGCAAGGGCAGCACCCGCGUGAAGAUAUUCAGUGCGGAGAUGGAUCUCAUCGGCCAGAUGGACAGCUUCGGCCUGAACCUCGUUUUCCCCUCCAGAAUACAUGCUACCGCCGUGGCCUUUGACAAGGAAGGUCGAGUUAUAGUAACGGAUGUUUGUAGCCAGGCUGUCAUAUGCUUAGGGAAACCUGAGGAAUUUCCCAUCUUUAAUCCUCUAAUUAGCCACGGGCUUUCUUAUCCUGUCGGACUGACUUACACGGCAGACAAUUCCCUCGUCGUUUUAGACAGCGGCGAUCAUUCAGUGAAAGUAUAUAGCUCUACCUGAGUGGGCUUAGAUGCUUACUGCUGCAGGCUCAGGCUGCUCCUGGCCAUAAAGCAUGCGGAGCUGUGUUUGUAGGAGGGGCGGGAGGAGGCGGUUUUGGGGCUUUGAGUGAAAUCACCCUCUGACCAACACGCCGUGCUUCCUGCAAAACUUGUAUCUUGCCUGCCUGUGGGAGAGAACCUGGCUGUUGCUGUCCGUAGCCACCAACAAAUCAGCCAAACAAAUAAUUUGGCAUUUUAAAACUGUUCCAUGCCUUGACAACCAAGUGGUUUUGGUUCUUUUUGGCAAGUAAUCAAAGGCCAGCACCUGUGAAAGUAAUGCGUCAUUUCCCAGCACGCAGUUUUCACUAUUCUUAAUUAAGUAUAGAUACACUCCUGACAGAACUGUUUCCAGGAAUUGUGCACAAGGGAGGUGAUUGUCUUGACAGAAUGAUAGGAGAAUUGAAAGCCUCCAUUCAAGGUUGCAUAAAUCCAGCUAAAAUCAUUGUGAUGGAGGAGCUACCACUGAUAAGUGAGUUAUGAGAAGUGAAAUCAUGUUCAAAGUCUAUUUUUUAUGUACCAGGAAAAUGCAUUUCUGGGAGCUCUCUUUUCUCUGCUGGUUUAUUCCCACCUUUAUUAAGGUUGCACUGGAGCACUUUGUCUUCCUCUAAAAUGCCCAAGUCUGUGUCUUUACCUAGAGGUAAUCUGGUGUGUGGUUACACAGCAUGGGCUGCUUUACCUAAAAGCCUCUUGAAGUAUUCAUGUUUAGACCACAGAUACUCCUGCAUAUGUGAGUUUGAGUCGGCUGUGCUGCUAACACAGCUAUAUGUGGGAGGUUUUCAGCACUGCCUGCCCCUGGUUUGUCAUUAAUAUGGUGCUUUUGCACUCCAAACCCCAGGAUUCAACUGCAAAUUGAAAUAGUAGUGAGAAGUGAGCCUCAUUUUUUUUCCCUAGCUUCCAAAUGCAGUUUUGUAGAUUGUGAACACAGAGGAGAUUUAGAUCAGUUUAUAUUCUCUUGUUUUACAGUAAUAUUUUAUUCUCACUUAUAUUCUCACAGUUUCACUGUGGACACUUUUGCCUUAUUGCAUAGUGGAAAUUAUGCUACAUAUGACUUAUUUUGAGAAGGAUUUAAUACCCCCACUAGAAGUCACUGCUGCAUUUUUAGGCAUUUAUCUGCUACUAAAAUGAUUGCUUAGAUGGUUCAGCAUUAAAAUGAAGUUUGAUAUAAAUGCAAAUGCUAUCUGAGAUAGGGAUGAGUAGGUUAAAAUGGCAUAAAACUUUUGGGGUAAUUUUUUUUUUAGUAAUUGAAAUCAUUAAUAUUAACUAAUCUAAUUUGAAAUUCUCAUGCAAUCAGUAAUUUUUUUAUCUGGCUUUUGGUCUGACUUCAGGGCAUUUAAUAACUGAAUGUGUUACAGCACCAGUGAUUUACCAAAUACUUGCAUUAAAUUGGAGCAGUUUAGCCCUCUAAUUCACUCAAUGUGUUAAUCUGUCUCACGUCAAUAUUUAUUUAAACAAAACAAGUCUCAUAAUUGCAGCUAUUUAUAAAGGUUCAUAGAACAGUGACCUGCCAAUAAAGUGUGAUUUGCUUACUCCUUGUUUUAAUAAUUUAGUGAUAAUUCCUUUUAUCUUUUCAUCACGUGUUUCCUUAUUACAACACCACUUCUGUAUUGCAGUUGCCCUGUAGAUGGUUUAUUCUUCCAUUUGGUGAUAUCCUGCAGGAGUUGCUGUAGGACCAUAUUUUGCUAUAGAAAAUUAUAUGGAUGUGCACAGCUGGUAUUUUUCAGCCUUCUCCACUGCCUGGCCAAACAGCAAGCGCCUUUGGAAGAACCAGAAAUCCUCCUUGGCUGUUCUGCAGUAUGAGCUGUAUGGCCCUGAGCAGGAGCCCAGUUGGGAGGUCAGGAAGGGAAUUUACUCAGAGAAGCAGACCCCUGGAUUAUAUAUUCCUUUCUAGAUGCCAAGGAAACGCCUGCCUUUGAUAGAACCAAUUAGAUAACACUUCCUUUGAGGGACUGCUGUGUGUCAAAAUGCAUGCAAUGCCAUCAAUGCUGUAUUCAUACAUAAUUAAUACUUUGUCACAGUAACACUUCCUCUGAACUGUGGGCUGUGAGCUUUCAUCUUCUCAAACCUUUGUGUGCACCAGGAGCUUGUUUUUUGCUACUAAAUUCAUGGAUGGGCAAAUUUCCUAGGACCUACUGCCAUGUAGGCAACUUUCCAGCAGUUGAAAUGCUGAUUUUUAAACAUUUGACUCAUACUGUUUUAAAAUCUACAAAAACUCCCAUUGUUGCCCAUUCUGUUCCUGUCUCCUUUGGUAACUAGAAAUCACUUGAUUCUUGCAUUUGUAAGCAAAAUAAAAUUUGGG